CAGAGGAGACUCGGGGGCCAUUUUGUGAAGAGGCGAGGACAGAGCGGUUGCGGCCGCGUUGCCGACCUCGAGCAGCAGUCGGCUUCUUCACGUAGAAUCUGGGAGUAGGAGAUUGAUAAUCGAAUCUCUUCUCCCAACCCCCUCCUGGUUACAAUUGACUUGAAAUACAUAAGUUAGUGGAACUUUGCUUGAGGGCAGCAAGGCGAACCCCAUCCCUACUCACUGGAGCUCAGCUUUGAUUUUUAACCUUCCUUCCCCACCCUUCCAGAACACACACAUUCCCAUUCCAAAAUUGAUUUUAUAAAGACAUUUUAAACAUAAUGAUGCAACUUGGUGUGCACUACAGCAAAUUUGCAGUGAGAUUUUUUUGAUCUUCAGCUACAUUUUUCAGCUGUGUGACGAAUCUCAUCAGACACCAUGGCCAGCAAUGUUACCAACAAGACAGAUCCUCGCUCCAUGAACUCCCGUGUAUUUAUUGGAAACCUCAAUACUCUUGUGGUCAAGAAGUCUGAUGUGGAGGCAAUCUUCUCGAAAUACGGCAAAAUCGUCGGUUGCUCUGUUCAUAAGGGCUUUGCCUUCGUUCAGUAUGUUAAUGAAAGAAAUGCCCGGGCUGCUGUAGCAGGAGAGGAUGGCAGAAUGAUUGCUGGCCAGGUUUUAGAUAUUAAUCUGGCUGCAGAGCCAAAAGUGAACCGAGGAAAAGCAGGUGUGAAACGAUCUGCAGCGGAGAUGUACGGGUCAGUACCAGAACACCCUUCUCCGUCCCCUCUACUCAGCUCUUCUUUCGACUUGGAUUAUGACUUUCAACGUGAUUAUUAUGACAGGAUGUACAGCUACCCAGCACGUGUUCCUCCUCCUCCUCCUAUUGCUCGAGCUGUAGUGCCCUCAAAACGCCAGCGUGUGUCAGGAAACACGUCACGAAGGGGCAAAAGUGGCUUCAAUUCCAAGAGUGGACAGCGAGGAUCUUCUUCCAAAUCUGGAAAAUUGAAAGGAGAUGACCUUCAGACCAUUAAGAAGGAGUUGACCCAGAUAAAACAAAAAGUGGAUUCUCUCCUGGAAAGCCUGGAAAAAAUUGAAAAGGAACAGAGCAAACAAGGAGUAGAGAUGAAGAAUGAUAAGUCAGAAGAGGAGCAGAGCAGCAGCUCCCUGAAGAAAGAUGAGACUAAUGUGAAGAUGGAGUCUGAGGGGGGUGCAGAUGACUCUGCUGAGGAGGGGGACCUACUGGAUGAUGAUGAUAAUGAAGAUCGGGGGGAUGACCAGCUGGAGUUGAUCAAGGAUGAUGAAAAAGAGGCUGAGGAAGGAGAGGAUGACAGAGACAGCGCCAAUGGCGAGGAUGACUCUUAAGCACAUAGUGGGGUUUAGAAAUCUUGUCCCAUUAUUUCUUUACCUAGGCGCUUGUCUAAGAUCAAAUUUUUCACCAGAUCCUCUCCCCUAGUAUCUUCAGCACAUGCUCACUGUUCUCCCCAUCCUUGUCCUUCCCAUGUUCCAUUAAUUCAUAUUGCCCUGCGCCUAGUCCCAUUUUCACUUCCUUUGAUGCUCCUAGUAGUUAUGUUAAGUCUUACCCUGUAAUUUUUUGCUUUUAAUUUUGAUACCUCUUUGACUUAACAAUAAAAAGGAUGUAUGGUUUUUAUCAACUGUCUCCAAAAUAAUCUCUUGUUACGCAGGGAGUACAGUUCUCUCCAUUCAUACCUGAGUUCAGUAGUUGCUUCCCUGACUGCAAAGGCAAUCUCAUUUAGUUGAGCAGCACCUGAGAGCAGCUUUGAGUUAGAGGUAUGUGUGUUAGACCCCACAUAAGAGUGCUGUGUGGGGUUGUUCAACACAAAUGUAACAGUGUAUGUUUUGUGAAUGAGAGUUGGCAUGUCAAAUGCAUCCUCUAGAAAAAUAGUGUAAUAGUCUUAAGAUUUGUUUUCUAAAGUUGAUACUGUGGGUUAUUUUUGUGAACAGCCUGAUGUUUGGGACCUUUUUUUCUCAAAAUAAAUCCUUAUUAAACCAGGAAUUUGGAGAAAAAAGAAAAAACCCUGGUUUUUUUAUUUUUGUAUUUUGUAAUUGUUGACUUCGCAUUCUUUGUUUUCAGCUGGCCUCCACAAAACCCCUAGAAAA